GCCGAGCGCGUGCAAGAUGAACGGGAACAUGCCCAUGGACGUGAAUGGCAUGGGGAUGAUGGACUACGGCAUAGGGGCCAUGCCCAUGAUGGCGGACCCGACGGGCGGCUUCAUGGACCAGCUGCAGGACGGCAACAAGGCCAUGGCGGGGCUGGACGCCGCCAGCUUCGACCUGGACCUGAGCACCAAGACGCAGCAGAACCGGAACCGAGGAAACUACCGCUGCAGCAAGUGUGGAGAGCCCAAGAAGGGCCACGUGUGUCCACUCGUGCCAUCCAACUACAAGUGUAAUCGCUGUGGUCUCUCCAAGAAGUCGUGUACCUGUAGCGCGCCCACGAUGCGUACUAUUGGUGUGCAGGUGGAAAUGGAUGAGGACAUGACGACACGAGUACUGGACCUCAGCGUGCAGGGUGUCGUGGAGUUCCACAAGACGAUCGUUGGCUACACCACUCCCCCGAACAGCUCGUGAUUAGAGACUGCGCAGUAGUCGCCAGUGUCUUCCGCGCAACAAAGCUGCUCCAUUUUGUCUGCAGUCCCCGUUCCCGAUACCUCACGAGGCGACCGCAUACCUGUAGUAUGUUGGAUUCAUGCUGGCUUGCUGUCUAUAUCAUGUAUUUUACGACGUGUG